UCUACCACACUGGAGCUAAGAACUCCAUUCCCUGUCCCCAAAAGAAGAGUCAGAAGAACCCAGCCGAUGGACGGCACCAUGGCAGCAGCGGCGGCCAACGGCAACGGCAGCUUGGCCAACGGCGGCUCCGGCACCCGUGGGAAGCCCAUCAAAUGCAAAGCGGCGGUGGCGUGGGGCCCUGGCGAGCCGCUCUCCCUGGAGGAGGUGGAGGUGGCGCCGCCGGGGCGGCUGGAGGUGCGCGUCAAGGUGCUCUUCACCUCCAUCUGCCACACCGACCUCAGCGCCUGGAAGGGAGAAACCGAGAUGCAUCGCAAGUUUCCUCGCAUCUUCGGUCACGAGGCAGCCGGGGUGGUGGAGAGCGUGGGCGACGGAGUGGAAGACCUCGUUCCUGGAGACCACGUCAUCCCCAUCUUCACUGGCGAGUGCAGGGAAUGUGUCUACUGCGGGUCCGACAAGACGAACCUGUGUGGGACCUACCGCGUGAACCCUUUCAAGAGCACCAUGACCUCCGACGGCGGCACAAGGUUCGCCGUGGUGGACGCGUCGUCCGGCGAGCGCCAGCCGGUCUACCACUUCCUCAACACGUCCACCUUCGCCGAGUACACCGUGCUGGACGCGGCCUGCGCCGUCAAGGUCCACCCCAAGGCGCCGCUGGAGAAGAUGUGCCUCCUCAGCUGCGGCAUCUCCACAGUUGUCCUCUGUUUGGCAUCAGGUGUUGGGGCUGCAUGGAACACUGCAAACGUUUCUACGGGGUCCACAGUGGCAGUAUUUGGGCUUGGUGCUGUUGGUCUCGCGGUUGCUGAGGGUGCCAGGCUACGUGGGGCAGCUCGGAUCAUUGGUGUAGAUAUAAACCCCGAAAAGUUCACCAAAGGGAAAGAGAUGGGCGUCACGGAUUUCAUCGACUCGAAGGCCUGUGGCAAACCGGUCCAUGAGGUGAUCAGGGAGAUGACGGAUGGGGGCGUCGACUACAGUUUCGAGUGUACCGGGAUUAAUGAUGUGCUGAGAGAGGCUUUCCUGUCCACACAUGAUGGUUGGGGCCUGACGGUGGUACUGGGGAUCCAUGCGACACCCAAGAUGAUGCCGUUGCACCCGAUGGAGCUCUUCGACGGCCGCCGGAUCACCGGCUGCGCCUUCGGCGACUUCAAGGGCAAGUCCCAGCUGCCGGACCUCGUCGAUAAGUGCAUCAACGGGGAGGUUAAUAUCAACUUCGAUGGCUUCAUAACGCACAAGUUGCCCUUCUCGGACAUCAACAAGGCUUUCCAGUUGCUGGAGGAAGGCAAGUCGCUGAGGUGCCUGCUUAAUUUCUAAUCAGGGAGGUGGACUUCAGGAUUACUGUUGAUUCGAGUGGAAUAAUAAUAAAAGUAGGGAAACGUUUUCCAGUGUCCACUUGUAUAAUUCCCAUGUGCAAUAUGUAUGUAUUAUAAAAUGAAUGGGACUUCUAUGAAGAAGAAAAACACAGGUAUUAUCCAGAACAAAAAUGACGUUAAUGUUGGCAUUAGUAUCUAUUUUCAUA